GAGCAUGUUUCUUCUAUUCUUCCUUUAAUGUAUGGUCGCUCUUGCCCUCUCUGAAUAGGAGAGGAAGGUACUUUUUUUUUUUUCAGGAUGAGAGAACCAGACAGAAGGCCGUGGUGAAAUGUUAUGAAUUUGCCAGUCAGACAGUGCUGGGACUCUGCAUUGCCCAGGUAGAGGCUAGCUGGCAAACAGGCCUGGAGCAGUCCAGCAUUAUCUGAUGUGGUCCUCCCCAGCUGACAAAUGCUGGGAAGUGCCCUAAAACGGAGCGAGACGUUGCUGUUCAACAGUGAUGUGCUGAUGUGUACACUAAUCGUAUUCCUAAAAUACACUUACCCUUUGUCAAACACACUUUGAAACUCUUGCAGACAGUAGUGUGUCCUGGGAAAAUCCUUUUGGAAUUAGAUGAUAGAGAUAAUGGUUGACAUACUGUUCUCUCAUUGCUUGUGGGAAGCAGCAUCCUGACUUGGCCCUUGCCUCGUGCUGGAUUGGUACUUCUGGGAAGCGCUGUGUUCUUGGAGUCUCAUUUAUGGAAAAUGAUACAUUUUUAAAACUUGACCGCAUUAAUAUUCUGUAAGAUAGCUCGCUAAGUGCAUGGUGUGUGAAAAAGAUACAGAGAAACAGUAAUUAACUGAGAUGGUAGGGACAAUAUUCUCAUAAUAAUGUUAUUGACCUUUCAUUGUCAUUCAAAGCUUACUUUCUCUUUCAUGACUUGUUUUUCUUUUUUUUUAAGCAGUGUCCUCUGGGCCAAGAAGUUUCUGCUCCUCUUGAAGCUGUACUGCCUGUGUCCUCAGAGUUCUGUGUCUCUUCACUGCCUGCAGCGCAGCACCUUGCUGGGCCCCCGGCAGGCCUUCCACCCCUUCCCGGGGUCACUGUGGAAGGACCAUGGCAGACACCGGGGAGGGGAAGAAGGAGGAAGCUGAUUAUAAAAGGCUUCACAGCUUUCCACUGAUUAGGCACACGGACAUGCCAGAGGAGAUGCGUGUGGAAGCCAUGGAGCUGUGUGUCACGGCCUGUGAGAAAUAUGCCACCAACAAUGAGAGUGCUGCCAAGAUGAUCAAAGAGAUGAUGGACAAGAAAUUUGGGUCCUCCUGGCAUGUGGUGAUUGGGGAAGGUUUUGGCUUUGAGAUCACUCACGAGGUGAAGAAUCUGCUAUACAUGUUCUUUGGUGGCAGCCUGGCUGUAUGUGUCUGGAAGUGCUCAUGACAUCUGGCUGGGUCCCAGACUCACUGCAUACAAGAGAUUCUUCUUUCUCGUCACAGGUUUUGUACAGUCUGGAGGUGGGGCUUUAUUUUUAAUAGUAAAACUUAGAGAUUUUUUUCAUACUGACAUAUCAGUCCCAUGGGAUACAUAUCGUGUGUGUAUGCGUAUGUGCUAAGCUAUCCUGUCCUUGUCCAGGGAAUAUCUCAUCUGGUUGUGGCUCUUCCCUUGGUAGUUGAGUCUAAGCACGAAGGAGGUGGUAAAUAGGUAACUCAUGAGACACUACAAAGCCAUUCAGCAGCACUAGGAGGGGGAGGCGAAAGAGAAAAGGUGCUAUCUAGCCCUGUGUUUUUCCUCCCACUUGUUCUACGUUGUUUUCUCUGCCUUCCCCACUACUGCAUGGUAUGGCUCUGACCGAUGUCUCUCUCUCCUCUGAAUGGCAAUGUUAACAGCAUUUUCUUCCUCCUAAGAUAACCGUAGAAAACUGGUUGUGUCAAGGAUCUCCCUUUGGGUUGUCCAUGGAGGUGUUAGUUACAGGGAAGCAGACUUAGUGUACCCCUCCCUGCUUGCUUUGGGAAGGUGCGACAGCUGAGCUGCCUGGGUGUAGGAGGUUGCUAUGCAAACUACCCCCUCUUUUCUCACCCACUGCACGCUCAGAUAACAUUAAAACACAGGCAGUCGAUGAUGUAUGGGGAGUGGGUGAGAACUCUUCACAAGGCUUGAAUGCCUCUCUGUCAGUUUUUGGGGGUGUCAUGUGAGAUAUCACUUGGUCAUCAGAGACUUCGUGUCUUUUUCGACUUGUGUUCUUUCAGCCUGUUUCGUUUUUUAAAGCUGUCAGUGCUGGAGGAUGGGAUGAACGUAAUUGUAUUUUACGUGUAUGGCUUAUUUAUAUAAAUCUGGGGAACUGUGUUUUUACAAUAAAAAAUAGUAAAAUGUC